GCUUAUUAUCGCUGGAACUAAGAGUGUAAACAAUAAAAAAAUAUUUCAUUAUGAUGAAGGCCGUGGUUUACCUUAUCUUAGUGUUGGCAGCAGUUGCCUACAGCUCCUACGUUGAUGUUAUUCCACAUUACAGCAAACAUGGACAUGGACAUGGAAUUAGUACCAGAUACUUCAGAAAAGCCCAAGGACAUGCAUAUGGAGGCUAUGGCCUAGGAUAUGGCAGUUAUGGAGAUUAUGGUUUAGGUGGAUACGGCGGUUAUGGAGGUGGCUAUGGAGGUUAUGGACUAGGUGGAUACGGUGGCUAUGGUAGUGGAUAUGGAGGUAGCCUCGGUUAUGGCGGAUACGGUUAUGGUGGAUAUUUCUAGAAAUAAUAAAUUUUUCAACGAGCAUAAGCAUGGUCAUGAAAGAGAUGUGUCUAAAUGAAGAAAUCUCAGGAAGAUGUGUGACUGCGACAAAAAUAGUAAUAAAAAAUUUUCAGAGCAUUCUUA